UCAAUUUCAUUGAUGGUCGGGGUCAGUUUACAAUUUACGCUUAAUAAAUUUGGAGUGUUGCGGGAGUGUAAAAAUUUAAUUGAUAGAAUAAUUACAUUCUAGACGAGAGGCUUUUCAUCUUGAUUAUCACCAAACCCUAGCGACAUAAUGGCUUAUCAAGGUGGAUAUCCAGGCCAGCAGUACGGGGGCUAUGGCCAACCAGCCCAACAACAAGCGGGGGCUUAUCCCGGUCAAUAUGGAGGCUACGCACCACCCCCACAAGCACCCGUCGUCAGCCCCGAGAUGCAAAACAUAUUCCGCAAUGUCGACAAGGACAACUCGGGAAAGAUUAAUAGCUUAGAACUGCAAGCCGCAUUGAUCAAUGGUCGAGGCGAUCAUUUCUCCGAUACGGCAUGCAACAUGAUGAUUGGUAUGUUCGAUCGCGAUCGCAGCGGAACGAUCGAUGUUUACGAAUUUGAGAAACUCUACAACUACAUCAAUCAAUGGCUGCAAAUAUUCAAAACCUACGACCGGGAUGCAUCCGGUCACAUUGAAGAGGCCGAGUUGUCACAAGCUCUCACCCAGAUGGGAUUUCGCUUCUCGGCGCAAUUCAUUCAAUUUUUGAUCGUCAAAAACGAUCCGGUACACCGAAAGGAUAUCUCCGUCGACCAGUUCAUUGUAACGUGCGUCCAGAUUCAACGUUUCACCGAAGCGUUCCGAGGCAGGGAUACCGAACAAAAAGGGGUGAUUACAAUUGGAUUUGAAGACUUUCUGAAUAUUGCCCUAACUACCACAUCAUAAUUGGUAUUCGACUGGUAUUUUGCAUCCAAAUCCACUAUCACUAUUAAGUUUAAUGCUAAAACAAAAAAUCGAUUAUUAAAUCUGACCAGACCAGAGGUUCUCAGGACAGAACUGUUGCAUUCGAAGAAAUAGUAUUCUUACAGGCUAAUUUUGGAACGAGUGGAUACGUUAAUUUUCUUCUACUUACCUAUUUAUUCUAGAACAAAGCAUUUUAGCAUGUUCCAUUAUGCGACUCUAAACGAGAUUCACGCAGCUUGUAGUGCGAAGGUUAUUUUGGUAAUAAAUCUAAAACGGUAUACAACCUGA